AUGGACCAUUAUCCUAGACUUCCCCCGUAUAGCUCUCGAAGUUGUUUCAGGUAUCAUCCAUACCCGAGAACUGGGCGGCGCUAUGACCGACUGGAACGUGUCGUGGGUGCCGAGUAUGGGGAUGACACCGAGGACACGAUACUGGACUCGCCGCCGCCGAUCUCUCUGUUGCCCUCGAACGUGUUUGGCGCUACUUCAAACGAUGACGUGUCAACACUCGAGCUCGAUGAUCGUGUUUAUCAACACGAUGAACCUGACGCUGGACGAAAACAGGAAAAACUGCGGGUUGUGAAGCAGUGGCUUACCACGGUGCUCGUUGUAUGGCGCAAGUGCCAGAGGCUGCCCUCCGUGCAGGCCUGGUUGCCUUCUAAGACACAGUCGCUCGCAUGA